UUCACUUCCAUAUAGGGCAAGCGGUUUGAGUCAUUGAGACUAGUAGUAGUCUAUUCGAUUCGUAGUUUGGUCGUAUGUGUUUGGGUUUUGUGAUCUAUGUCAAGUUCUCAUUUGUUUAUCACGAGGUCAGGAGAGGUUACUGAGGACAUUCUGUUCGUUAAGGGACGUCAAUGGAAUAAGGUAAGCAGAAAAAGAAACAGUUGUUCUCGACGGACUUCCCGAAUUCGAGAUCGGCCAUUACAUUUUAGCAAGUGACCUAGAAUCGUUGUAAACGUAAGCUUUAUCAUUCAUUCACGCAUUUAACUCACGUCUCGGACCGCUCCAUCGACGCAGCUCAAUCUGCUGAUGUUGUCUUGUAAAACGUAGAAUGUCAGUUCCUAACCUCCCGUGAGUUGCUUUGAGGGCAAGCUUUGGUUAUGUUUUCAAGCCGGGAUUUACCUGUUUAGUGGAUUUAUAAGUGUGGUUUGUUAAAAAACGAACAGGCCUUGUGUAUUAGAUUGUGUAUUUAAAGAAAAAAGUACGUGAAAAUGGCCAGCAUAGACGGGUCAUGGAAUCUGACCAUCACGGUUACGGAUUUACAGGUGGAGCGGACCCUCCGAGUGACAGGGGACCUAAACGUAGGUGGAGUCAUGGUCCAGCUGGUGGAGGCUCUAGAUAUUGCAAUGGACUGGUCAGAUCAUUCUCUAUGGUGGCCAGAGAGAAACACAUGGUUGACAAGGUCAAGGUCAACCUUAAACCAGUACAAUGUACAGGCUGAUGCCAAACUCCAUUUUACACCCAUGCACAAAAAUGUACGAGUGCAGCUCCCUGACCUGCAGAUCAUCGACCAAAGAAUGGACUUCUCACGGAAUGUUUUCUCUGCUGUCAUACUACUUUGUAAAGAAUUAGGUAUUAGACAUCCCGAAGAACUGUCGAUUAUGAGAUAUUUGGACAAGGAUGACCUCAAAAAGAGUAUAAAAGAAAAUUUAAACCAAAAGAAAAAGAAAGACUCAAAGGAUGAAAUGGUAAUGGGAGUUAACGGAAAUGGGACUGUACAUCACUCGUCAUCAGGCAGUCUGGAUAGGCUGAGUCCGUUCAGUAGGAGUCCCGCAGGACCCUCACCUAAUAAUACAUUAAAUAGAACACCAGGUUUGACCCCGGGACCUACGAUGACCCCUGGAGUCAGUUCCUACAGUGCUAACUCUGUAUCACCCUAUAAUACGUUCAACAGCACCUUUAAUGCCAAUGGAACAAUGUCGCCAGGGUCCAUGUACAGUCUGUCGUUUGAAACCUGUAUGGAGAAUGCUCUAGCCAAUAGUCCACCCGUGUCCAUCAGGGACGCUCAACCCUUCCUCUACAAGCCAAAAAAUUACGUAGAAAAAGCUAGAAUUAAUUACUCAUGGCUGGAUUCCUCUAAAUCUCUGAUGGAGCAGGGCAUCCGAGACAAUGAUUUCAUCCUCCUCAAAUACAAGUUCUUCUCCUUUUAUGACUUAAACCAAAAGUAUGAUGCUGUCAGGAUUAACCAGAUCUACGAACAGGCCAAGUGGAAUAUCUUGUCAGAGGAAGUGGACUGUACAGAGGAGGAAAUGAUGAUGUUUGCAGCACUACAGCUGCAAAUCCAGACACAGGCAAGUCAACCACAAGCUAACGACUCCAUGAUGGACAAUGGCGGUCACUCAUUGGACACAGAUGAUAUAGACGCUGACCUCACAAACCUAGAGGAAUCAUUGGAAGGAUCCAUGUUGUCAUCACCAGGGGAUAUUACUGCGAUUCCUGAACUUAGUGAUGAAAUAAAGUUCCUUAAACCAAAAAAAUUACUGCUUCGCAAGAGCUACAGCAGGGCAUGGUGUACAUUCAAAGACACACACAUUGCUUUUUACAAGAGCAGGGGUGACUCCCAAGGUGCUCCUUUCAUGAGAAUCAACACCAAAGGAUGUGAAAGUCAUCCAGAUUUGAAUAUAUCUUCAAAAAAAUAUGGUAUGAAGUUGUUUGUACCAGAAUCUGAUGGAAUGUCUGAAGUCUGGCUGCGGUUUGAUAUGGAAGAGCAAUACUGUAAAUGGAUGGCAGCCUGUAAACUGGCAUCCCAAGGAAAAACCAUGGCAGACAGUUCGUAUGAGACUGAAGUCCAGAGUCUGAAGACGAUGUUGAGUCGCCAGCACUUGUCGACACAGCCAGGCACAUCUCCUACAAUACAAGUCGACAUCAACUCAGAGGACUUUGUGGCUCCUCGCUUCUAUAAGAAAUUUAAAUCUAAACAGCUACAACAGAGAAUACUUGAGACACACGCUAACGUACAGAACCUGAACUUGAUUGAUGCUAAGAUGGCCUUCAUCAAGGCUUGGCAGGCCCUCCCAGACUUCGGCAUUACCUACUUCAUCAUUAAACAGAAAGGCGCCAAGAAAGAGGAGUUGUUGGGAGUAGCGUACAACAGGAUCAUCAGGAUGGAUUUAUCAUCAGGGGAUUCACUGAAAAGCUGGCGCUACAACACAUUGAAAAGCUGGCACGUCAACUGGGAGGUGAAACAUGUGUUUCUGGAAUUUGAGGGAGAAAGGCUAACAUUUUCAUGUUUAAAUGCUGACUGUAAAGUGGUUCACGAAUACAUAGGAGGAUAUAUAUUCUUAACAAUGAGAUCACAGGACAAAAACCAGACCUUAAACGAGGAGUUAUUUCACAAACUUACAGGCGGAUGGAAUAAAUCUAUUGUCUUGUGAUCAGAACAUUAGUGCCUAUCAUUAUCACAUUGGUUUCUCAAAAAAUUGACAGAUGUUAAUGCCUUUACUGGUCACUUAACGGUCAGUACAACUGGUCACUUAACGGUCAGUACAACUGGUCAUUGAACAAUCAGUACAAUUGGGGCAUGAAUUCAGUGCAGAGAGAGCCGGCCAAGGAUGUAUAGCACACAGACUCCCAAUAUGUGGCGCUAGUUGUGUUCACAAUCAGUGUAUUCAAAUGGAGGCUUUUCAGAGAACCCUGUUCAACUGGAUGCCAGUCAUGUCAAGCAGACAUACUUUUAAUAAAUGGAUAAAAUAAAGUGGAAAGUGAUAAUAUGGUUUGAAAUUUGUCAUAGUGAUGACUUUUAUGAGAUAACCUAAGCAAAUGAAUGUCCCUAAGUGUUCUGUAUAACCAGGUUACGGGGAGAUAUGCUUGUGUUGUCGGAUGCCAGUUUUUGUAUCACCUGAAUCAGACUGAGAAAUGUCACACUACUGUCAGUCAGAAGUGAAAACAUAUACAACAUUUAUUUUUAGUGUUAAGGCAGUCUUUGCUAUCAGUGUUGUAUAAAUGCACCUGUUCAUGCAUGAUCUUCAAAUUAUCUUCAUUACGUAACUUCUAUUCUACCCAGAGUUCUGGAUCCUCUAAAUGCUUCCAUUGUAUGGGGAAAAGAGUAUAAUAUUUUGCCCUACCCAGGGGUCCCCUCAAUGCUUGUAUGGGAUUGAAGGUCAGUACUGUCAUCUGUUUGACCUUGGAUUUUCUCUGAAUUAUAUAAGGAUAGUUCAUACCCGGUGUUUGACAGCUACACGUAUUGUGUCUGGAGAAUUUUUAAUUUGGACAAGAAUGAAUUCAGUGUGUUAUUUUAUAACUGGCUUGCAUUUACCAGGUCUCAAAGUAUACUUAUAUAUAAAUUGUAAACUGACUGGAUUAUGAACUUUCGAAAUAUUUUUAUAUGAUAACUUGAUCAAGCUCUAUAAAUAGGCAUUAAAAAAAAAGAAAAACAAAAACAAAAAUUUUAAGGGAAUAUAACUCUGGUUUUGUAUUUUAGGUUCAUUUAAUUGGAAAUCCACUGCCAUUCGGCCCAAGAAAAUGCUUCCAAUACCAAUAGAGUUUUUAUUCGGGUGCAUAGAUAUAUAUAUAUAUAGGACAAGUUAAUACAGUUUGUCUAAAAUAGGCAGGAAACGAUUUGUGUACGAGACGAGUGUACUUUACCCUGGGGUAACAGUGUUACAUGUAUGAUUCAGACGAUAUAUUCAAGUGGUAUUAUUGAUGGGGUCAGUAGUACAAGUGUUUCGUAACAGGAAAUACAUCAUUUUCUAUUCAAUACACAUAAUCCCACUAAAAUUAUACAACUGAUUAAAUAAUUGUAUGUUCUUUUCAAGACAUUUUUAUUAUGAAGUGUGAUUAACUUUAUUUUAGCGGAGAUGAAAAUCUCUGUAAAUUUUUAUUAUCCCCAUAUGUGAUGCUCAUAAAAUGAUGCUAUUCUGUUACCCUGGUAACCAUUUCGUGGUGCAUUUUGAUGUGUACUUGUAUAUAUGUCCAUGUCAUUCUUGUCAAUAUGGUUUCUGUUGUUUUGUUUUUAUGUGUGUUUGUAAAAAAGAAAACAAAUUUGCAGAGUUAUAUAAAAGCUGUAUACAUUGUAUAGAUAUAUUUAUGUCAUUUUAUAAUAUAUUAUCAGUAUAAAUUUAAAUCAAUUUGUUUCUGGUGCUAUGCCCUUUAUUUUCUGUAGUACUAGUGGUUAUGUUUAUUGUUUCUAGUAUGUUAGUUUUGUCCGUGAAAUGUUGACCUAUAAAAUUUAGAAAUUAUUGCUCUCAACAUCUAUGCAGUAUUUGAAUAGAAGGCUGCUUAAUGUUUCUGUCACCAAAAAAGCUCUCUAGUGGAAAAAUAUAUAUUCAUUGUUAAGACCUGUCUAAUGUGAUUUAAUAUUGAUAACUACAAAGGCAAUAAUUGAACUCUGAUAUUGGACCUCUUCUGUUUUCCUGUGGAAAGGCCAAACUUUAAAUUCAUCAUCAUAGUGGAAACCGAUAUGUCAGGAUAGUUCUAUUUUCAUUAUUAUUUGAGAACAUAUAAUGUUUCAUCAUCACACCAAAAUAUUUAACAAAUGAAAAAAAUAUUAUUUUAUCUAAAAUUAUUUAUAAUGUACAGCACCUUAAUGCUAUAAGCUGUUUGUGGCUGCUUUAUCGAUGGAGUUAAAUUUUCUCUUAAACCUUUAUAUACAUGAAGACGUUAUGCAGUGAAUGUAACUUUUUUAUAUUUUUAUUUGAAAUAUUCAUUUUCCUAUCAUUGUUGAACCAUUUUUUCAAUUUUGAUUUUUACCAUAUUUCGCUUGUAAAGGCUGCUUUGUCAUCAUCACCAAACCGUUGAUUUAUAUACAUAUUCAUGAAUCAUUUACAAGUUUCUACAUGCUCUUAAAUGUCAGCUGAUCAGAUGUGGUCUUGGACUGACUGGUCAAUGACACAUGGUCAUACUGACCAGUUGUGGUCACCCUGUGUAUAGAUAGACAGGUCAUCUUUCUGGAGCUAGACCAAUACAUGUAGACACAGUUACAUCACACGGCUUGUAUGCAAGCUUUAUAGUCUUCCAAGUUAAAUUGAUUGAAAACACAGAUUUGGAGAGCUGGUCUCGAAAGUAUAUUGUUUUAAUGUUAUCUGACAAGAUCCUAUCACAAAAGUAACAUCAAAGAUGUGUAAAAAUGUUCAUAAAUGAGAUCGAUAUAAACAUGCAUUUAUUCCAACAAAGUUCACUGUGAUUUCAAUAUUGCUCAAUAACCUGUGUUGAAACAAACUUUUUGUAUGUAUAGGUAUAGGCGUUUUAAAAUGUUGAAAUCUCAGGGUUAUUACACAUGUAUUUGGAUGGAAUUAUGAACAUUAAUGGACAGUAAAUGGGAGUCUCGGUUGUUGGUCAGCUCUGUGACGAUGUCCUGGGAUAUUGUUGUUUGCUAUGGAUGUAACAUUGAGUUAACAUGUUUUACACAUUCAUACUGUGUCUUAUACCGCCAUGUUUGUAGCCUUCACGGCCUUGUCCUCACCCUUCAGGCGCCGUGAGGCACAAUGAUGAGGACGGGUAGGUGGACAAUGGUGGACAGCUGUGGUUUGUUGAUAGAGAAAUAUGUGCCUCUCUGAUAUUACCGAUAGCUAAUAUGAAAUAAACAAUUUUAAAACGUU